UAGAGAGGCAGCCCAAGAGAGCGGGUAGAUGCUUAUAGUUCUUGCCGCAGAGAGCAAUUGGAGUAUAAUCGUCAAAACUGAGCUGCAGUUAUCAGCGAGAAAAAACUUUCAAAGUAAUCUGAUCCUGCUGGUGCAACAGAAAUAUUCUCCAAACAAGAUAGAGUACCAGAGUUACAAGAAAGAAGACAAGAUGCCAGCAAACAUGAAGGAACACAGCUUUAUUAAAGGGCUAAAGAACCGAUGUUCACACCUUUUGCAUCAUCAGAAGACAAAUACUGAUUCUCCUCAACACUUGACAAUCAAUUCAAGAGCAGCAAAACUAACUUUGAAUCCCUCCCGUGAAGAAGUAUUGAAGUGGGCUGAAUCUCUGGACAACUUACUGGCUCAUAAAUAUGGCCUGGUCGCUUUCAAAGCCUUCCUCAAAUCAGAGUACAAUGAUGAGAACAUUGAGUUCUGGCUAGCAUGUGAGGACUACAAGAAAAUUAAGUCAACUACAAAACAGGCCUCCAAAGCAAAAAAGAUCUUCUCAGAUUUUGUUGAACCAAUGUCUCCGAAAGAGAUCAAUUUGGAUUACUACACCAAAGACAUGGUAACUAAAAACCUUCAACAUCCAACCUACACAUGCUUUGAAGCUGCACAAAAGAAGAUCUAUGGCCUGAUGGAAAACAAUGGCUACAACAGGUUCCUUCAGUCAGACAUCUAUCAGAACAUACUCAAUAAUAGUCAUGACGAUCAUCAAACAUGAAUGCCGUUACUCUGCAGCAGAUCAGAUAUUGAUCUCUUGUCGAGAUGUGUUUUCUGCUGUGGAUGAAGUAUUCGGUGUGACAUCAAAUGACACCAGGAUGCUCGAUGCUUAUAGCUGACGGGACAUUGAAAGGAAAGGCCAAGACAGAAGGCUCAAUUCCCUUCCACAGGGUUGAGCUUCAAACCUUGGCACGAUGCUGCAGAGGGCUGCCAAGCAGGCCCAGGUAUCUCCCCACAGGGUAGGAGGCAACAAAAUAAGGCGGAGAGUCUCCCAGCCAACAGAGAUAAUGGUAGUGGUUUGGUAACCGACUGGGUUCUUUGGGAAGCAGGCCUGGGAGAAAAAGGAGACUAGAGAGCACAGGAAAUUAGGGAAAUGAGAGGAUCCAUGAUGUAUUAGCAGGGUAUCUGCACUCUGAAAAUGCAUUAGCACACUGAGAAUGCCAUUCAUCCAUCAGUGUAGAGGAUACUUACACAGUUUGACAUCCCAAUCUUUCAACAUGUUCAUCUGGCAAUGGAGAAUGUAAAACCUGCAUCUGAAAUCUCUAAUAAGAUUGGAUUUGUACUUCUCACUACAGAGUUGGGUUCAGAUUUAAAACAAUUAACUAGAUGCCUGUGCUAUCACACUCCCACUGACAGGUUAAAGUGUUUUGGGUUCUGGCUCUUGCAAAGGAAAGGGUUAACUGUCCUGAGUUCUUGUUACACUGAUUCUGUAUAAUGCAACACUGCAGAUCACUUCAAUGUUAAACUUGAUUCUCUGUGUAGAUUGCUUGACUUUUUAAACUUCUAGUAUUCAUUUUGAUACCAUCCAAUGUGUUACAAACCAAUCAAUCCUGGAGCCAGUAUGAACAAUAAUGAAACUGAGCCACAAAAUCCAAUGUAUAAACUGUGCCCUUGUGUUUCUUUACACAAGGCAACGUAUCCUACAUGAUGGACAAGUCACCUCUGAAUACUGAACUAAAUUAUGCUUCUUUAUGAAGGAUGUGAAUUAUUCAGAGAUGCGAGUUAAAAUCUAAAACCAAUGCAGUUGUCAGAAUUGUGUUCUAGUUUGUAUUGUGAACAUUUGUUUUUCAAUCAACUCACAUCUGAAAAGAUUCUAUUUUUGUGUAGUAGCAAUAAAAGACACAAAUAAAGUUAUUUGGAUUACAUUCAA